AUAACGAUGUAUGAGUUACAUGGAUCUAGAAACCAAAUAAGUGGUAACAGUAAAGUCUCAACAUCUUCCAUUAUCAGUGUGACCAUCAACUUCAAUAAAAUCGGUGCAUUGCCGAGUUUGUCCAAACAGUAACAAAAUGAGGUUCGAUUCUUCUUUCAACCAAAAAACUUACCUAAUCAAAUUGCUUCUCACUGUUUUCUUCUUUGGUCUCGCUUUCCGACUUCUCUUUUUUCACUCUCUACCGCCUCACAUUUCACCUAUUUUCGAUUCUCCUUUACCUCGUAAAUCUACCGUUUUAAGAGAACCUUCAAUUUCAUCUCUUUCUCAAUUUCCGGAAAUUGUUGCUGAAAUUGAAGAAGACCAACUUUCUCCCACCGACAUCGGGAAAUGUGAUUAUUUUAGUGGAGAUUGGGUACCGAACCCGUUGGGUCCGAUGUAUACGAAUGAAACUUGUGACCUUAUUGAAUCUCAUCAAAAUUGUAUGAAAAAUGGGAGACCUGACAGGGAAUUUUUGUAUUGGAAGUGGGCCCCUAGAGACUGUGAUUUGCCUAUGUUUGAUCCUCAGAGGUUUCUUAAUAUGAUGCGUGGUAAAGUUUGGGCACUCAUUGGUGAUUCAAUAUCUAGGAACCAUGUUCAGUCCUUGCUCUGUUCACUUUCUAAGGUAGAAAAAGCUGUCUUAGUCUAUCACGAUGAGGAAUACAAGUCCAAAAGCUGGCACUUUCCGUCGUACAACUUCAGUAUGUCAGUUAUUUGGUCACCAUUCCUUGUGGAAGCUGCUAUUUUUGAAGAUAUAAAUGGUGUUUCAAGUUCUGAUGUUGAACUAUAUCUCGAUAAACUUGACCGUGUUUGGAAGGAUCAGUUCCUAAACUUUGAUUACAUUAUUAUUUCAACUGGCAAAUGGUUUGUCAAAUCUGCAAUCUACUAUGAAAACGACACUAUAUUGGGCUGCCACUCGUGUUCUAGUAACAAGAACUUCACAGAGCUAGGGUUUGGCUUCGCUUACCGCAAAGCCUUGAAACAUGCCAUGAACUUCAUAGUGUCUUCCAAUCACAAGGGCUUGAUUAUUUUCAGGACGUCCACACCCGACCAUUUCGAAAACGGGGAGUGGUUUAGCGGGGGGACAUGCAAUAGAACAGCUCCGAUUAAAGAAGGCGAGAUGGAAAUAAAGGAUUUGCUCAGGGUUCUUCGAGACAUUGAGUUAGAAGAGUUUAAAAAGGCAGCUUCUAAAUCUUCGAGAACCGGAGUAAAUUUCAAGCUUGCUGAUUUUGUACCACUUUCGCUUUUGAGACCGGACGGGCAUCCCGGUCCAUACAGGCAGUUUCAUCCCUUUGACAAGAACCAAAAUGUUGAAGUUCAGAAUGAUUGUUUGCAUUGGUGCUUACCUGGACCAAUAGAUUCUUGGAAUGACAUAAUAAUGAAAAUGGUUGUCAGUGGAUAACAAAAUAUGUCAAAUGAUCCUUUUAUAGUUUCCUUCCCUCUUGCUAGGUUUUGCAUGAGAGUGAAUUCACUGAAUUAUUUCUCUGUAUACUAUGAUUCUUGAAAUUCAUUGAGAUGUAUGAUGUAAUGUUGCAGAAAUAAUUAGUUAUUAGUUUUACAGUUCAUUUUGAUAUUGAGGGUUGGAAGUUCAUGGCCGUUA